AUGGGAGAUAAUCUUGAAACUGUUAUCAACAGCUGUGGGGAGCGCCUCAACGACAGCACUGCUGAUAACGAAAUCUACAUGGACUCCCUGGUAGAGACAUGCCAGAAUCUAAUGGGGCGUUCAAGAGAUCCUCUUGACCUCUUCGAGGCAACCGAGUUGGAAACAAUCGCCCGGUCUCUGAGCAUGGAUCACGACCUGUCCUCUGAGUUGUGGACCCUCCUUCUCCGAAUCUUCGUUUGCAUCCACAUGGACAGGUUCCACUCUGCGGACUCGCUCAUUUGCCAAUUCAAGAGGCUCACAAAAAGGCUGGUCCUUCCUGGUCUAUUGAAGAAUCUACUUCUCUUCUAUGAUGGGCUUACUUCGGCAGUGUUGGCAUCGCAGGUUGACUGCCGAGAGAAGCGCAUCAGGUUGAACGCAGCCCAGAAGAUUCUGCGCAAACUUCGAUCGGUGGACAAGGAUGACUCGAUCAUGAGAAACAAAGCUUUUAUGUUGGAUGCCCAAAUCCAUGCAGCUCGUGGCCAGGAAGAGACAGCCCUGUUACUGUUUCACAAGUCUGUCGAUCUUGCGAAUGACCAAGGUUUCACUCAUGAGCAAGGCCUUGCCUUUGAGUUGGCUGGCCGCAUGUGCCAGCAGUGUAACAAUCGCGGGGUGGAGGCUGAGCUCUACAUGUCUCAAGCAAAAGAUUAUUUUGGCCGAUGGGGUGCAUAUGCCAAGGUUGAUCAGUUGGAGCUUGCUGGACGUCACAACUCCAUGGGGUUUUCGAGUCAAAGCAACGCCUAA